GAGAGCCGCAACUCGCGAGCAAGGCUGAAUCCGUCAGUCAAUCGAGCACCGCCGGUCAUCGUAGUCGUCUGUAGAAAGGUCACUACGCAUUGCCGGUGUAUUUUUCAGUGUUCUAAUUUCCAUUACAAUUCUCAUUACAUCAACUUGUUUGUUAAUUGUUAACACUUGUCUGUGGAAGUGAGACGUUUUCGUAGUGUUGACGCCGGCGAGUGUUUAGCGAAUUCUCUUAAACGUAUUUGAGGUAUGGAGUGGGAAGGGCCGCCCAAGCAAGGCUUGUACGACCCACAGAACGAGCACGAAGCUUGCGGUGUUGGUUUUGUUGUUGCUAUCGACGGUAAACGCUCUCAUAAAAUCGUCCGCGAUGCCGAAACCCUCGCAACUCGUAUGGAGCACCGCGGCGCGUGCGCAUGCGACAAUGACACCGGCGACGGUGCCGGCGUGUUGACCGCCAUACCGCACCAGUUGUACUGCGCCCAGCUCAGGGACUCUCAUCAGAUUGAUCUGCCGCCAUUCGGUCAAUAUGCGACUGGCAUAUUCUUUUUGGACAAGCUCCAUCACCAGGACAUCGAGAGUAAAUUCCAGGAGCUGGCUGAAAGCCUCGGCUUAAAGGUGUUGUGCUGGCGCACCGUACCCACUAACAAUUCCAGCAUUGGUCAGGUGGCUCGUAACUCGGAGCCAUAUAUGCGACAAGUGUUUGUUACCGGAGAUAUCCAGGACGAGAGCCAACUGUCCCGCCAGAUAUUCGUGCUGCGCAAGCGGGCCUCGCACGAGCUGGUGGUGCCCGGCGCCAGGUUCUACAUCUGUAGCUUGUCGCUGCGGACCGUCGUCUACAAGGGACUGCUCACAUCCAAUCAACUAUGGGAGUACUUCAAGGACCUGAGCAACCCGGCGUUCACCACGUACUUGGCGCUGGUGCAUACCAGGUUCUCCACCAACACUUUCCCAAGUUGGGAGAGAGCGCAUCCUCUAAGGGUGCUGGCUCACAAUGGAGAGAUAAAUACGUUGCGAGGUAACGUGAACCUGAUGAAGGCCCGCGAGGGUGUGAUGAAGAGCGAGAUCUUCGGAGAUGAUCUCAAGAAACUCUACCCAGUGGUGGAGCCGAACCUCUCGGACUCCGGUUCAGCGGACUGCGUGCUGGAGUUCCUGCUGCACGCUGGCCAGCGGUCCCUGCCCGAGGCAGUGAUGACGAUGGUGCCCGAGGCGUGGCAGAAUGACGUCACCAUGCCCAAGGAGAAGAGGGAUUACUACCAGUGGGCCUCGUCUGCAAUGGAACCUUGGGACGGACCGGCGCUCGUGUCGUUUACUGAUGGACGGUAUAUAGGUGCGAUAUUGGACAGGAACGGGCUACGUCCGUCCCGUUUCUACGUGACCAGUGAGAACAUACUGGUGAUGGCGUCCGAGGUGGGCGUGUACGACGUCGACCCGGAGAAGGUCAUACUGAAGAGCCGCCUGAAGCCCGGCCGCAUGUUGCUAGUGGACACGGAGGAGAAGCGCAUCAUCCAGGACGUGGAGCUCAAGAUGAACAUCGCGCGCAGCCGCCCGCACUCCGAGUGGCUCCAGCAAAAGAUCACUAUGGAAGAUAUACACAAGUCGGUGGCCCCUCUAGAGAACGGGACGGCUAUGACUAAUGGCGUGUCGAUGAAUGGCACCGCCAUCUCCGGCCUGUCGGACAAACGGCUCGGCCUGUUCGGCUACACGCUAGAGUCUAUCAACAUGCUGCUCAUGCCUAUGAUCCAGAAUAAGAAGGAAGCGCUGGGCAGUAUGGGCAACGACGCGCCGCUCGCGUGUCUGUCGCAGUUCCAGCCGCUGCCCUACGAGUACUUCAAGCAGCUGUUCGCUCAAGUCACCAACCCGCCCAUCGAUCCGUUCAGGGAGAAGAUCGUGAUGUCGCUGUUGUGUCCGAUUGGUCCGGCGCCCAAUGUGUUGAUUCCGUCAGCGAGCUUCGUGUCGCGACUGUUCCUGCCGCAGCCGGUGUUGACGCUGCCGGACCUCGCUGCACUCAAGCAGACCAACUUCAGGGGAUGGAGGACGACAGUAGUGGACUGCACGUUCCCGGUGUCGGAGGGCGCGCGCGGGCUGGAGCCGGCGCUGUCGCGCAUCAGGGCGCGGCACGCGGCGGCGCGCGGCGACCAGCUCAUCGUGCUCUCCGACCGCGCCGCCGGCGCCGAGCGGCUGCCCGUCAGCUCGCUGCUCGCUCUCGGUGCCGUUCAUCACCACUUAAUCGAGACUCGUCAGCGCAUGAAGGUUGGUCUAAUCGUGGAAACAGCCGAAGCCAGGGAGGUGCACCACAUGUGCGUACUGCUUGGUUAUGGCGCCGACGCAAUCUGUCCGUACUUAGCAUUCGAACUGGCAUUCUCUCUGCGCAACGACGGCCUCAUCGACCCGAACCUGACCGACGAAGACAUAUACACCGCCUACCAAAAGUCCAUAGAGACCGGACUGGCCAAGGUAAUGGCCAAGAUGGGCAUCAGCACGCUGCAGUCGUACAAGAGCGCGCAGAUAUUCGAGGCGGUCGGACUCAAUGAGGAUGUUAUCGAUAAAUGUUUUAAGGGAACGCAGUCGAGGAUUGGUGGUGUUAACUUCGAGAUCUUGUCGAAGGAAAUAUUUGAUCGACACACGCUCACGUACGGGCAGUGCACUGACACAUUGGUUUUAAGGAACCCCGGUAAUUACCACUGGCGUGCUGGGGGUGAGAAACACAUUAACGAUCCCAUGUCGAUUGCUAAUCUGCAGGAAGCGGCUUCUAAUAACAGCAAGUCGGCUUACGAUAGAUUCAGAGAAAGCGCUCUUGAGUCAGUCAGGGCGUGUACACUGCGAGGGCAGUUGGAGUUGGUGAAACUUGAUGAGCCAAUUCCUCUCUCUGAAGUGGAACCCGCCGCGGAGAUCGUCAAGCGAUUCGCUACUGGUGCUAUGUCAUUUGGUUCGAUAUCACUGGAGGCCCACACGACGCUGGCCAUCGCGAUGAACCGCAUCGGCGGCAAGUCCAACACCGGUGAGGGUGGUGAGAAUGCCGACAGAUAUCUGAACCAGGACCCGGAGUUCAGCAAGCGGUCCGCCAUCAAACUAGUGGCGUCGGGCCGCUUCGGCGUCACCGCCUCCUACCUCGCGCACGCAGACGAUCUGCAGAUCAAGAUGGCGCAGGGGGCCAAGCCCGGAGAGGGCGGCGAGUUGCCAGGUUACAAAGUAACAGAAGACAUAGCUCACACGCGUUGCUCGGUCCCGGGCGUGGGUCUGAUCUCCCCGCCGCCCCACCACGACAUCUACUCCAUCGAGGACCUGGCCGAGUUAAUCUACGACCUGAAGUGCGCCAACCCUCGCGCCAGGAUCUCCGUGAAGCUCGUGUCGGAGGUCGGCGUCGGUGUAGUCGCGUCUGGUGUUGCCAAGGGCAAGGCGGAGCACAUCGUGAUCUCGGGGCACGACGGCGGCACGGGCGCGAGCUCGUGGACGGGCAUCAAGAGCGCCGGCCUGCCGUGGGAGCUGGGCGUCGCCGAGACGCACCAGGUGCUCGUGCUCAACGACCUGCGCUCCAGGUACUGCUACUACCUACUAUAUAUAUUCUCGGGGCACGACGGCGGCACGGGCGCGAGCUCGUGGACGGGCAUCAAGAGCGCCGGCCUGCCGUGGGAGCUGGGCGUCGCCGAGACGCACCAGGUGCUCGUGCUCAACGACCUGCGCUCCAGGUACUGCUACUACCUACUAUAUAUAUUCUCGGGGCACGACGGCGGCACGGGCGCGAGCUCGUGGACGGGCAUCAAGAGCGCCGGCCUGCCGUGGGAGCUGGGCGUCGCCGAGACGCACCAGGUGCUCGUGCUCAACGACCUGCGCUCCAGGUACUGCUACUACCUACUAUAUAUAUUCUCGGGGCACGACGGCGGCACGGGCGCGAGCUCGUGGACGGGCAUCAAGAGCGCCGGCCUGCCGUGGGAGCUGGGCGUCGCCGAGACGCACCAGGUGCUCGUGCUCAACGACCUGCGCUCCAGGUACUGCUACUACCUACUAUAUAUAUUCUCGGGGCACGACGGCGGCACGGGCGCGAGCUCGUGGACGGGCAUCAAGAGCGCCGGCCUGCCGUGGGAGCUGGGCGUCGCCGAGACGCACCAGGUGCUCGUGCUCAACGACCUGCGCUCCAGGUACUGCUACUACCUACUAUAUAUAUUCUCGGGGCACGACGGCGGCACGGGCGCGAGCUCGUGGACGGGCAUCAAGAGCGCCGGCCUGCCGUGGGAGCUGGGCGUCGCCGAGACGCACCAGGUGCUCGUGCUCAACGACCUGCGCUCCAGGUACUGCUACUACCUACUAUAUAUAUUCUCGGGGCACGACGGCGGCACGGGCGCGAGCUCGUGGACGGGCAUCAAGAGCGCCGGCCUGCCGUGGGAGCUGGGCGUCGCCGAGACGCACCAGGUGCUCGUGCUCAACGACCUGCGCUCCAGGUACUGCUACUACCUACUAUAUAUAUUCUCGGGGCACGACGGCGGCACGGGCGCGAGCUCGUGGACGGGCAUCAAGAGCGCCGGCCUGCCGUGGGAGCUGGGCGUCGCCGAGACGCACCAGGUGCUCGUGCUCAACGACCUGCGCUCCAGGGUGGUACUACAAGCAGACGGUCAGAUCCGGACCGGUUUCGACGUGAUGGUAGCGGCGCUGCUCGGCGCUGACGAGUUCGGGUUCAGUACUGCACCGCUCAUUGCACUUGGGUGUACGAUGAUGCGCAAGUGUCACCUGAACACGUGUCCGGUGGGCAUCGCCACGCAAGAUCCGGUACUGCGCAAGAAGUUCGCCGGCAAGCCCGAGCACGUCAUCAACUACCUCUUCAUGCUGGCUGAGGAGAUACGUCAGCACAUGGCGGAUGUGGGCGUGCGCAAGUUCCAGGAGCUGAUCGGCCGCACCGACCUGCUGAAGGUCCGCGAGAACAACGAGAACCCCAAGGCGCGGCUGCUCAACCUCAGCCUCAUACUCAAGAACGCGCUGCACAUGCGCCCCGGGGUCAACAUCGUCGGAGGGUCUAAGUCACAGGACUUCCAACUAGAGAAGCGCCUGGACAACCAGCUGAUCGAACAGUGCGCCGGCAUCCUCGACGGGUCGCAGAAACACGUCGACAUCGCCAUGAAGAUCACCAACGAAGACAGAACCUUCACCAGCACGCUGUCUUACCAUAUCGCCAUGAAAUACGGCGACCAAGGUCUACCAGACGACACCACGGUGAACAUCUCGCUGACAGGCUCUGCGGGUCAGAGCUUCUGCGCGUUCCUCUCCAAGGGCAUCACUGUCACGCUCGAGGGAGACGCUAACGAUUAUGUUGGUAAGGGUUUGUCCGGCGGUACUGUGAUCAUCUAUCCGCCGAAAUCAUCGCCGUUUGAGUCACAUUUGAACGUGAUCGUUGGCAACGUGUGUCUGUACGGAGCUACAUCUGGAAGAGCUUACUUCAGGGGCAUCGCGUCGGAGCGUUUCUGCGUGCGCAACUCGGGCUGCACGGCCGUGGCCGAGGGCGCCGGCGACCACGCCUGCGAGUACAUGACGGCCGGCGUCGCGCUCAUACUCGGGCUCACCGGCAGGAACUUCGCCGCCGGCAUGAGCGGUGGUAUCGCGUACGUGUACGACAUAGACGGAUCGUUCAAAGACAAGUGCAACCACGAGAUGGUGGAGCUGUUACCGCUUGAGCUUGAAGACGAUCUUAACGACGUCAAGAAACUUUUGGAAGAGUUCGUCGAGUAUACAGGAUCAAUAAUCGCGGAAGAAAUGUUGAAGACAUGGCCCGAGCCGGCGAAGAUGUUCGUCAAGGUAUUCCCGUAUGAGUACCAGCGCGCAUUAAAACAAAUGGCUCUGAAGCAACCUUCGCCUCCGAAGGUCGACACCAACGGGCACCAGAACGGUGUGCUCGACAUCGAGGAGACAGUCCGGGACGUGGAGUUGGAGAAGAAGAACCUUGAGAAGGUGUUGGAUAAGACCAGGGGCUUCAUGAAGUACGAGCGCGAGACGAGCGUGUACCGCGCGGCGGAGAAGCGCGCGCGCGACUGGGACGAGAUCUACGCGCGCGGCCACGUGCGGCGCGGCCUGCGCGUGCAGGCGGCGCGCUGCAUGGACUGCGGCGUGCCCUUCUGCCAGAGCGGCCACGGCUGUCCGCUCGCCAACAUCGUCCCCAAGUGGAACGACCUGGUGUACCAGGGCGACUGGCACCAGGCGCUGCGGCAGCUGCUGCAGACCAACAACUUCCCGGAGUUCACGGGCCGCGUGUGUCCCGCGCCGUGCGAGGGCGCCUGCGUGCUCGGCAUCUCCGAGCCGCCCGUCACCAUCAAGAACAUAGAGUGCGCCAUCAUCGACAAUGCGUUCGAAAAGGGCUGGAUACAACCCGAGAUUCCGAAGUUCAGGAACGGCAAGACUGUCGCCAUCGUCGGCUCAGGACCGGCUGGUCUGGCGUGCGCUCACCAACUGAACAAGGCGGGCUACACAGUGACAGUGUUCGAGAGGAACGACCGUGCGGGCGGGCUGCUGCAGUACGGCAUCCCCACCAUGAAGCUCAGCAAGGAGGUCGUGCAGCGACGCAUCAAGCUCAUGACCGCUGAGGGCAUCUCGUUCAAGUGCAAUGUCGACGUUGGCAGGGACAUAUCUGCUAACGAUCUGGCUGAUGAAUACGACGCGCUAGUCCUGUGCAUGGGUGCGACGUGGCCUCGCGACCUACCCUUAAAGGGCAGGCAGCUCAACGGCAUCCACUUCGCGAUGGAGUUCCUGGAGACUUGGCAGAAGAAGCAGAUGGGCUCCACAUACCCACACCUUAAGGAGAACCCGGAACUCAACGCUAAAGACAAGAACGUGCUGGUCAUCGGUGGAGGUGAUACAGGAUGCGAUUGCAUAGCAACGUCUCUCCGACAAGGCGCCAAAACAAUCACCACAUUCGAAAUCCUGCCAGAACCGAAGCCGACCAGGGGACAGGAUAACCCCUGGCCGCAGUGGCCCAGGGUAUUCAGGGUGGAUUACGGACACGAGGAGGUCCGAGUGAAGUUCGGAAAUGACCCGAGGAAGUUCUCGACGCUUACUAAAGAGUUUUUGGAUGACGGCGAAGGCAACGUGUGCGGAGUGUCGGCGGUGGAGGUGGAGUGGACCCGCGGCGCGGGAGGACGCUGGGAGAUGAAGGAGGUCCCCGGCACCGACAGGAUCUACAAGGCCGAGCUGGUGCUGCUGGCCAUGGGCUUCCUCGGACCCGAGAGAUACGUCGCCAACCAGCUCGAUCUGCCGUUGGACGCGCGCAGUAACGUCGAGACCGAAAAGAAGAACAUCUAUAAGACGCCCAUGAGCAACGUCUUCGCUGCGGGAGACUGUCGGCGAGGCCAGUCGCUGGUGGUGUGGGCCAUCUCGGAGGGUCGGCAGGCGGCGCGGGCCGUCGACUUGUUCCUCUCGGGGCAGUCCUCGCUCCCCGGGCCCGGCGGCGUCGUCUACGAGAACUGAACUCAACACAGAGCCCCGGGACACUCCUAGGCACAGCACUACGCCGCGACGCCGCGGCAAUGCCAUCUAUCGAUAAACGAGGCUUCACUAGCUCACCAAUCGAUAACUUAGUGUUGUUCUGUAGAUGCAUGUAUACGUAUUUUUAAUGCCAAAAUACGUGAUUAAAUGCCAUUUAGACGUAUUUACUGAUCGAUAGAAUUUCAGAUACACUAGCGUUAUAGUUUUCACGUACUAUCCGCACGUUUCUGUCACAGUGGAAUUGUGAAGAUUUUUGGCGUAGACCAUAGAUUUUUGAGGUGUUUGGAAUACUAUGCUAAUAAAUUUGUAACAUUUUUCGCUAUAAAAUUUCGAGGGCACUAUAAUUACCAUCUCACGCAGUGGUUAUUUCUUCAUAAAAACUACAACUUUUGUUAGCAUGAGUAUUGCAAGUAUCGUCAAACUUUCGAAUGUAAUGUUUUAAGAUCUUACUUUAAUUUAAGAGGUAUUUACCGUUUGAUACGAAUAUUUAUGUGUGAAUUCACAUUCCGUUUUCUAAAAAUUUUGACAUGUGUUUUUUAGAGGUAUUUGCAAACAAAAACAUAUCUUAAUCGAAUACAUUGAACAUUUAGUUUAGUUUGUCCUGCACCGAGCAUUUUUUUAAAUCAAACAACUGGUUAAUGGUCCCCCAGACUUUCCUUUUGGACCCUAACCUACUACCAUGGUCCAGUGGAGGUCGAUGGUUAAAGUAUCGACAAGCCUAGCCAUCAUUUGUUAACAAAUAAAAAUAUUUUGGACAUCUUUCUCGUAUUAUUAUAUUGUAUUGAUAAUUGAAAAAUAUAUAUUUAAUUUUAACAAUUUCAAUUGCAAUAUUAACAGUUGAAUAUUAUACUUGUUUAUAUAAAUCAUUUCGGAAUAUUGUUCGGUGCGGUGACAAUUGAUCUUAAUGAUCUCUAACAAAAACUCAUUUCUGAAACCAUAUAUUCUUUGUCUUUGUUAUGUUUUUAAAUUAUAUAACGUUUGACGCACGUACAACUGUAGUCUAUAAAUAAAAUUUUACCGUAAAUCUGUGUAUAAAGAAAUCAUGUGAUUUUAAUUUCUGUAUAAAAUUGAUAAUUUUUACACUUUAGUAUUGUUUUUCUAUGAUUUCUUAUAACCAAAUUAUUUUUCUCUUGAAAGUAGGAAAUUUGUUUGUUUAAAAAACAGUACGUAUUUUUUUUAAUAACUUUUUUUCUUUUUAAAUGUAUAUCUCAAAGUAUAAAUAUACCUAUAUAUAGAAUUGUAACAUACGUACAAACUGUACUCUUGUUUGCGUUUGCAACGUGCGUAUAUCUCAUGAAUUCGUCUCGAAGUAGCUACUUACAAAAGUAGAGAACUUUGCCUGUGAUGUUAUAGUGAUGAGAUUAACUCGCACCCGUGUCAAGUUCCUACACGUCUUAAGGUUUUAAAUGUCUCUUCAGGUAUACAAUAGGAAAAAAACCGGUAUUUUUCGCAACUUACCGGAAUAUUAUAAAACUGCAUCAUUUUACAAAUAAAAAAUUCAUAAAAACACACGGGAAAUAGAUAAUGUAAAAAAACAAUGUAUCAUUGUAAAAGUAUUGUUUACAUAAAAUGUGUAUUCUUUGUUUAUAAAAAUUUUAAUUUUUAAUAUCCAUUGUUCCUAUUAGGUCAAAGUCGAUAUUGUAUACCUGUUUAGACAUGUAUUAAAGUAUUAGUUGUAAGCCUGUCAAGUGUUGAAUAUUACCAUGGUUUUAGAAAAUAUUUACUCUUUUCAUGAAUUCCGGUAACCGGAAUAUUUGGAGAAUAGUUUUAUGACAUCACUGCAGCAGCUAGAGCGUAUUAAGACUCAGUACUGUUGCUAUUCAGUACUAUGAAGUAGCUGGCACCAAAUACCGGUAACCGGAAUGCAUGAAAAAGGGCUUUGACUGAGAUCUAUAAAACAAUCUUCGACAUAAGUAAAAAAAGUUAAAUCCACGUGGUCUAUGUUAAAAAAGCAUCCAGUGUAUAUUUACAAUCCUAUGUAUAUUUUCUCGUUAACCGUAAAAAUAUAAUUUUAAACAGAUAAGGAUUUUUUACUCGCUUUAUGUCAAAGUUGGUUUUACAGAGCUCAGUAGUUUUGUGUCACGUGGUUUCCGGUAGCCAAUCAAACGACACCGACAAGUCACGCGAUACAAAAUAUUAUCUAAGCGGAAUUACCACUUGUGGUGUUAACUAUAUUUAAGUUCCGUUGAUUUGUUAAUUUUAUUUAUUUGUAAAUAAACAUUUUAUUUGAUUUAAUUAUUUUUUUCGCUUGGUCUACAAUAUUAGCCAAAAAGUCUGUCAAUUACGAAUGGGUCUAUUUCCGAUUUUCCGAUACACGCUUGAUAAACGCCAUUUUGAAUUUUUAAUCAAAUUACGGUAGACGGUAGUUGUUGAAUUGAAUGACAAUAAUUAAUGUCUGUAGUCGGAACGUGUAUUAUAGUUGAAUAAAUAGUUCAGCACA